UUUCUUCUGCAUACUAUACCUACAUUACUUGACGACAUUCAGUCACAGCAGUUGAAUUUGUUUUGCAACAUGAAGUUGUAUAUUUUAGUCUUCUUGGCUGUCCUGUCCUAUAUAUCAGCUACCACAUCGAAGGAUGAAGAUAAAGAACAGUACGUACUGGCUACAGUAUUGUUCUAUUGCAAUGGGAUAGGAGAUAAAAUAGUAGCUGCUGGAAAAAUACCAAAGAAAGUGCAAAUUAUGAUAAAAUAUAAGCUCCAUCAGGUUUACAAGAAUACCCAUAUAAAAGUAGCUCCUAUUUACCGAAAUUAUUCCGACGUCCCGGUAAUGGAUGACGUUUAUACCGAAAUUAGAAAAAAAUAUACUAGAGGUACAGUGCUAUUUGCAUCGAUCCCAGAGGCCCUUUCGUCGAGGCUGGUAGAGUAUAAAUCGAAACUCUUUAAAGAAAGAGGGAAUGUGUCUGGUGUGGAGCACUUCACAAAAAACCAUUUUGAGAAUAAAAAAGAUGUUAAAGAUAAAGCGGUUGAGUCUAACGUGAUAUCGACAAAAGACCGAAAUACAAAGUUUGUGCCUUUUGAUCUAAAAUCAGCUGUUCCUCUAGUGACAACUUAUCUUCCAAACACAGUUUACUAUACAACGCAAAUAAAAUACCGUAGUAACGAUAAAAUAAUUGAAACAUUACUUAGUAUGCUGAAAUAGCCUAAGAAAUAUACAUUGUGUAAAUUAUUUCAAAAAUAAAUAAAUACUAU